CGAUAUUACGUAGUGUGACAGAGGUCUUGCAAAGACGCCAGUUGGCUGUUGGACCAGUGAAGUCUUAGCCACGCACUGAGUCACUCGUAUACUCGCAACGUAGUAGUGAAACGUUUUGUGUUUAAAUCGUAAGGCUCGAACACGGGACGCUAUCAACGAUAGGGUGCGUUAUAUGAGCUGCAGAGUUGCACAAAUUCAAACUGGACCAAACACGGCGCCGACACAGUGAGAACGAGUAUCGACGAUGGAGCAAUACCUGGCCAUGGUGACUUUGUCUCUGAUUACAACAGGUGUAUCUGCACUGCAAUGUUACCAAUGUUUAAUCAAUCCCCAACCCGGGGAAUAUUAUAACACAACGAAGAGACUUUGCGUUCACUUCGAUUACUCAGAUAAAUUCGUUGUUGACUGUCCAUUCUCUACAAUGUGUAUGAAGAAGGACUUCUACCUUGAUAUUCAGAAUGGAGUGAGAAUAAACGCCGUCCUUCGCGAUUGCGCUCAACAGAAGAACGAAUACCAGGAUUACAAGAACGGAAAGUGGUCUCCGAAGACUGAGGUUGUGGAGGCUUACGAAGAGGGUUGUACGUCCGACAAUAUAGGAGAUAAAGCUGUUGUCAAUAAAUAUUGCUACUGUCGCAGUGAUCUCUGCAACUCUUCAAACACAAACCACGAAGGAUAUACCGACAUAAUGGGAGUAAUUGUCGUAUUUAAUUUAAUGAAAUACAUAAAUAGUCUUAGGUAGUCAGUAUAGGGUUUAGACAAUUUAAAUGUGCUUUGUGCCAAGCGGUUAGCUACCUCAAACUGGAGUCAUUCCUAGACGCUAACUUAGAGCUUUUUCUUUGUAAAUAGAAUUAUAAGCUAUCGGCGUUGCACAAAUGUAUGUAAAGCUUGCGUCUACACGGCAGUGUUCAAUGAGCUUGGUAGCUCCAAUAAAUGUAACUUUAUAUUCUGAAUUGGAUUUGCAGAAAAUAUAAUUUCAUAAGAUCCAUUUUUUGGAUGGAAGAAGCACAGAUAUGGUUAAUGGUACAUAAUGAUUAGCUAAAUAAAAUACGUGUUGUUCUUAUUGGCUUACGGAUACUCAAUAUUUGGCAUUAAUACAUCAACUCUACUGGGGGCUUUCCUAUACUUAAAUUCUGUUCAGAAGCACUUAUGGUUACAGAAUCCUUACAAAUACGUAGUUUGGACAUAUUUCUAGAAAUAUAUACAGAUACCAAACGGCUUUGAUAUCCAUCUAUAUUCCUAGGUUUGAUUUGACCGGCAAAUAAAGAAAAACUCCAGCAUCAAAUAUUAAUUACAUUUGGAAACAAAAACAAAUAAGAAAGCUGUAAAUUGCACUAAAAAUUUUGUAGUAAGAAAAACCUCUACUAGCGUGCCGAUAGUUUAGUUGGAAAAAGUGUUAAAUAACUAAGUGUUUAAUUGAAAUAUGUAAGUUAGUAAAAGUACGCAAAUAUGCGUUAUGUGAUACUCGUUAUAGUUGUAAAUGAGGUUAUGUAUAUUGUAGACUAAUUACACUUUUAAAUCAAUGUUACUGAGCACUUCCUUUAUAAUUUUAUGCUUUAAAUGAAGGAAAUGAACCAAUUUAUACGUUCUUAUGAUAUGGAACCAACUUGUAAUAAUUAAAAAUAUCCAGAAUAAUAACGAAAAACGUGUCAAUGAAUUAAAUUGUAAAGCUUAAAGUAUAUAUACAUACAAGUAAUAAAUUGUCGUUAGUAAUUUAAAAAUAUAAUUUUACUAGACCUUAGGACAAUCUGUUCGUCGACAAAAAACCUGUGUUACACAAUAUAAAUCUUUGAUUCCA